AAGGACGGCUGGCAAGGUGCCGAAAGAAGGACAGCAUCUCUAGACAAUAUGGCAGCGGAAAAAGAAGUUGAUAUCUAUCGUGACACUCCAGUCCGAUUACUUGGUUAUGCUAAUGAAGUAGGUGAAGCUUUUAGAGCCCUGACACCUUUGUGGUUUGUUAGGUCAACAUAUGGAGUUGCAUCAGCAUAUGUUAUUGCAGACACAUAUGAUAAGUCAACAAAAAUGAGCAAGCAACCAGGUGCUACCCAGCGUGCUAUCACUCAUGCCGCAGUGGACACACUUCUUUGGCAAGCCUUUGCAUCAGUGAUUGUACCAGGCUUUACAAUCAACCGUGUGUGUGUGCUGCCUCUUUAUACCAUGGCCAAGACUAUUCCGAGAAUCCCUCUGACAACAAGAAAAUGGAUAACAACAGCUAUUGGCCUAGGAUGCAUUCCGUUUAUUGUUCAUCCAAUUGAUAGUGGAGUUCAUUUUGUAAUGGAUAAUUCUGUACGUAGGUAUAUGGAUCUUGCCCCAAGAGAGGAAGGUCAGGAAUAAAUUAAUAGAAAAUCACUAUUCAUGGACAGAAGGCUCAAGUAAGUGUUGAUAUUUUAUUUUUGGUUGCCAAGGAAUGCUUAAAUCAACUGUAUUUGUAUAUUAAAAGCAAAAUUGUUUUAUCUGGUUUUGAAAUUGUCAGCAGUGUAUAAGUAACAAUUACUACUGGAAUUUUAGAUUUUUAAAUAUUUUUGUUUAGAAAAGUAUUUUUUAGUCAAUGGCAGACCGGAGUACAUGCAUGUGUGCCUUAAUGUCUUUAGGAAAAAUAUGUAAAA